AUGAACGCAACCAACGAACUGCGAUUCAAAGGCUUGAAAUACAUCAUCUUCAAGAUCUCGGACGACAAGACGGAAAUCGUCGUCGAAGACUCGUCGACGGAUGACGACUAUGAAGCCUUCCGCACCAAGCUGAUCGAGUCCAAGGAUAGCAAGGGGAAACCCGCCCCCCGGUAUGCGCUGUACGAUGGCAAGUUCGAUCUUGGAAGCGAUGGGAUCCGAAAAAAGAUUAUCUUCAUCUCCUGGGUCCCCAGCGACACACCCACCUUCUCGUCCAUGAUCUACGCCACCACACGAGAAACACUCAAGAACGCAUUGAACCCGCACGUCAGCAUCCACGCCGACGACAAGGAUGAGCUCGAGUGGAAGAACCUGCAGGAGAUUAGCGUGAAGAAAUAG